AUGCCUUUCACCACUGAGCUGACGCGCCGACUCGGCAUUCGAGUGCCCAUCGUCCAGGGCGGCAUGAUGCACGUCGGCACCGCCGACCUCGCCUCCGCCGUCUCCAACGCGGGCGGUCUGGGCAUCAUCACCGCCCUCAUCUUCCCGUCCCCAGACGCCCUCCGCGCCGAGAUCCGCCGCUGCAGGACCCUGACCAAGAACCCCUUCGGCGUCAACAUGACGCUGCUCCCCUCGCUCGUCCCGCCCGACUACCCGGCCUACGCGCAGGCCAUCAUCGACGAGGGGAUCAAGAUCGUCGAGACGGCGGGCAACUCCCCCGGCCCCGUCAUCAAGCAGCUCAAGAAGGCGGGCAUCACGAUCCUGCACAAGUGCACGAGCAUCCGGCACGCGCAGAGCGCGCAGAAGCUCGGCGUCGACUUCCUGAGCAUCGACGGCUUCGAGUGCGCGGGCCACGUGGGCGAGAGCGACAUCACCAACUUCAUCCUGCUCAGCCGGGCGCGCCAGUCCCUCACGGUGCCCUUCAUCGCGAGCGGCGGGUUCGCCGACGGGUGGGGGCUCGCGGCGGCGCUGUGCCUGGGCGCGAGCGGGAUCAACAUGGGCACGCGGUUCAUGUGCACCGAGGAGGCGCCCAUCCACCGCAACGUCAAGGAGGAGAUUGUGCGCGCGCAGGAGACGGACACGACGCUGCUGCUGAGGCGGUGGAGGAACACGACGAGGCUGUACAAGAACAAGGUGACGCAGGAGGCGCUCGAGAUUGAGAAGACGAGCCCGACGGGCGAGUUCCAGGAGGUGGCCGCGCUGGUCAGCGGGAAGCGCGGGAAGCAGGUGUUUGAGAAUGGGGACCCGGAGUUUGGUGUCUGGACAACUGGCCAAGUCAUCGGCCUGAUCCACGAUAUCCCGACAUGCGACGCAUUGGUGAAGCGGAUUGAGAAGGAGGCCGAGACGGCCCUGAAGGAAAGAUUGAGUCUAUUCACGCCCGAGGCCAAGCUCUAG